AUCGCUUCAGUGGCUCAUUUCAGUUUUCAGGCUCAACUGGCUCCUAUCGGGUCGUUUUGUGCUGUUCCUCUUUCGCCGGUGUAAACUCCAGGUUUAUUUUUGGCGGACUCACCUUUUUUCAUAAUCGUGCACUCGGCAUUUCUCAAGAGACAUCUUAUCAGAGUAGCUGAAUUUUGCGUUGGCUUUUGAUAAGGGAGUUCUUUUUUGGAGAUAAAACACCCAGUUUAAUGUUAUACAGUGCUCAUUGCUCUUUGCAAUCUGACUGUGAGUGAUUAAGAAAAAAAACAGAAAGGAUUGGAACUGAAAAUUAAAGUUAUACCAAGUAGUGCAUAAGCCAGAAAAACAGAAAAUCCAGAAAACACAAAAAAAUGGAACGAAAUUCUGAGCAAAAUCAUGUGGGAGUACAACCCAACAAUGCCGGUGCUCGAGUAUAUUCCGCAAUUGUGCUCAUAUUUGACCUCAUCAUGAUCUUUGUGCAGUGGACCUACUUUGUAUUUGAGGGCAUCUACCUACUCUUCAAGCCACCGGAAGAAAAAUCUGUUGUAGGGGAGAUUGUCCUGAUAACAGGGACUGGUCAUGGAAUUGGCAGGGAGCUGGCACUCCAAUAUUCAGCACUGGGAGCCACAGUUGUCUGCUGGGACAUCAAUGAGGAGGGAAAUAAGGAGACUGUGAAAGAAAUUUGCUCCCGUAAGGGAAAAGCCCAUGCAUUUGUGUGUGAUGUCUCGAAGCGUGAGGAGAUCAUUGAGGUGGCCAAGAAGGUUAAAGCGGAAGUCGGAACUGUGACGAUCUUGGUUAAUAAUGCCGGCAUCAUGCCCUGUCAUCCUUUCCUGCAACAUACCGAUACGGAAAUCCGCAAAAUCUUCGAUAUUAAUGUUCUGGCGCACUUUUGGAUGAUGCAGGCCUUCCUCCCUGACAUGAUCGCCAAACGUCAUGGUCAUAUCGUUUCACUUUCAUCCAUGGCGGGAAUUGUUGGACUGCAAAAUCUUGUGCCAUACUGUGGAUCCAAAUUCGCUGUUCGUGGACUCACCGAAGCUAUCUAUGAGGAAUUUCGUAUGGAGGGACUUUGGGAGCAGAUCAAAUUCACCACUAUCUAUCCCUACAUGGUGGACACAGGACUUUGCAAGAAGCCCUACAUGAGAUUCAAGAAUCUCAUGAAGCUCAUCAGACCUGAGGAAGCUGCCGCAGCCAUUAUUUCUGCCCAGAGGCAAGAACUAAUCGAAGCAUCAAUUCCCAAAUACCUUCUGUACCUCAAUGGAUUCACCCGCUUGUUCCCUGUCAAGUGUGGUGUUCUCCUAAAGGAUUUCUUUAACAGCGGAGUCCACUCAGACCUGACUGAGGAAAAAUAAAUUUUUCGUGUGUGAUAAAAUUUUGAUAAACUAGUAAGGGCGGGUGUAGAGAGUGAUUCUAGUAAUAAUCUAUUUUGUAUAGAUAUUUUGAAAAUGUUUGUUAUUGAAUGUAUGUACUCUCGAUGAUUCCUUUUUCUAAAUAAACCUUGUAAAAAAAAUUAUGCAAAAA